CAAGCAUAGUUGCGGUUACGCCUUCGAGCCCAAUACCCGCCUGGUUUCGGCCAAAAUUUGGUUUGUUUUUCCACAGUCAUGUCUAAGGCACAUUGGACCGUACUUUACCUCUGUCUCUACUUGGCAUUUAUUUCUGCGGCUGAGGAUGAGGACUUAAUUGUGUGUCCGCCAAAAGUCGGUUGCCUAAGGGGCACAACAAUGAAUGGCUAUCAAAAGGGACCAUUUGAGGCAUUCAUGGGCAUACCCUAUGCCGAGCCACCUGUAGGGACACUAAGAUUUCAGAGUCCCAAAAUAAAGGCAAGAUGGUUUAACACCUAUGAUGCUACUAAGUUUAAAUCGGAUUGCAUCCAAAAAAAUUAUCUCGUACCUAAUUCAAAAGUAAUCGGAAGCGAGAAUUGUCUUUAUUUAAACAUAUACAGACCAAAGGUUCGUUUGGGUCGCUUGCCCGUAAUGAUCUACAUACAUGGAGGAGGUUUCUUUAGCGGGUCAGCUAAUCCUAAAGAUACUGGACCAGAAUAUAUUAUGGACACACAAUCGGUAAUUUUGGUCACAAUGUCUUAUCGAUUGGGAGCUUUGGGUUUUUUGUCCACUGGAGAUUCCAAUAUGCCUGGUAAUUUUGGACUCAAAGAUCAAAAUUUGGUAUUUCUAUGGGUUCGCCACAAUAUAAAUUCUUUCGAUGGCGAUAACAAAAAGAUUACCAUCUUUGGCCACAGUACUGGAGCCGCUGCCACCCACAUGCAUUUAAUAAAUCCGUAUUCCAAGAAUCUCUUUCAUAGAGUGAUUAGCAUGAGUGGAACGGCCAACGCUCCUUUUGCCAUUACCAAAAAUCCUCUGGAACAAGCUCGCGAAACUGCGAAACUGUGUGCAAUCCCAAACGCAGACACUUUAAGUACGGACGAGCUUACUGAGGCUUUGAGAAAUGUUAACGCAAAAACAUUAAUCAACGCCGGUGGACAUCCCCUAACCCUUUAUCGACCGGUGGUAGAACCUCCAUCAAUAGACGCGAUCAUACCAGCUGAUCCAGAAAUUUUGAUGAAAAGCGUAUACUUUCAGAAACGACCCUGGCUUCUGGGAACCGUUCCCCAAGAAGGAGCUGUACGUGCGAUCAACAUUAUAGAAAACCCAAAAUUGCGUGAAAAGUUCAAUCUCCGAUUUAAAUUUUAUUUGGAUAAGUUAUUGGAGUGGCCCAAUCGGAUUACUCGAAGGCAAGCAAGGGACAAAACCGAAAUAGUCAUAUCUCAAUACUUUGACGGGAUUUAUCUCAUAAAAAACCAAACUGAGGCAGGGUUUUUAGACACAAUCACUGACAGAGUUUUUAAGCAUCCUCUCUAUGAAGCCAUCUAUGAAUAUUGGAAAAUUCCAGGAGGCAAGUUUCCUCAUUACAUGUACAGCUUUAACUAUAAAGGACCCUUUAGUUAUGCCUCGCGUUUUAGUACAGCAAAUGUGACUGGAAAAUAUGGAGUUGUUCAUGGUGACGAUUUGAUAUAUUUGUUCCGUAGUCGACAUUUAUUUCCCGAUUUUCACAAGAGUUCCGUAGAGGCUAAGGUUAUAGAAAAAUUUGUGAAAUAUAUCGUAAAUUUUGCAACAUUUGGUUAUACAGUCGAUGUUCCACCGAUCGGCUUCUGUGGCACAGACGUUUUAGAUUCAAGACCUCAUGGUAUUUGUGAUUACCAUGAAUUUGUGAACAAUGACGAUAUUCAUGAAGGAUUCGAAGUGGUAGUAAAAUCCGAUUUUCCAACAGAGAAAGUUAAAUUAUGGCAAAAGUUGUUAGACUAGACUACGAGAGAGUUGUUCCAAGAAUGCCAUGAGCAAAUAUUUUUUAUUAAACACGGAAGCUCAUUAACAAAAUCACGAUUUCAUGCAAAAUUUGUAAUUUCAUGUCAUAACAAAAAGCAAUAAAUUAAUUACUUGCUAUUUAA